ACCACCAAAGAGUGCUGCUGGGUGCAGAUCAGUGGCAUGCAAGUGGAAAACUGCUCGUAUCGUGCAGGUUCCCAAAAUAAUAGGAAGCUGUAUUUAAAGACAGUAAAAUGUACACCUUUCAAUCGCCGUUGUCAUUUGUUGAAUCCAUUAGCGGACUACGGAAUGUCGGCAUGUUUACAUGGCUCUCACCAUUCCGCCUACACUCCCCUUGAUGGCGAUGGAAGCCAGAUUCAGAGCAGAACUGUGCCACUUACCGGCCCGCCUGCCCCUACCGCUCUGUUCCAGCCUCCGCGGCGUCCCGGCCUCGGCACGGUGGGGAAACCCAUCCGUCUCCUGGCCAACCACUUCCAAGUGCAGAUUCCCAAGAUUGAUGUCUAUCACUAUGAUAUUGACAUCAAGCCUGAGAAGCGGCCGCGGAGGGUCAACAGAGAGGUGGUGGACACGAUGGUGCGGCACUUCAAGAUGCAAAUUUUUGGAGAUCGACAACCUGGCUAUGACGGGAAGAGGAAUAUGUACACAGCACAUCCACUGCCAAUUGGAAGAGACAGGGUGGAUCUGGAGGUGACCCUACCGGGCGAAGGGAAAGAUCAAACUUUCAAGGUGUCCCUGCAGUGGGUGUCCGUGGUCAGUCUUCAGAUGCUCCUUGAAGCCUUGUCCGGUCACCUGAACGAAGUCCCGGAGGACUCUGUUCAGGCUCUGGAUGUCAUCACGCGGCAUCUCCCUUCCAUGAGAUACACUCCGGUGGGCCGCUCGUUUUUUUCCCCUCCCGAGGGCUACUACCAUCCUUUGGGUGGAGGCAGGGAAGUGUGGUUUGGUUUCCACCAGUCCGUCCGUCCCGCUAUGUGGAACAUGAUGCUCAACAUCGAUGUGUCGGCCACUGCUUUCUACCGUGCUCAGCCCGUGAUUGAAUUCAUGUGCGAAGUUUUGGAUAUACAGAACAUCAAUGAACAGACCAAACCCCUGACGGAUUCGCAGCGUGUCAAAUUUACCAAGGAAAUAAGAGGCUUGAAAGUGGAGGUCACACACUGCGGUCAGAUGAAGAGGAAGUAUCGCGUCUGCAAUGUUACACGCCGGCCAGCCAGCCACCAAACGUUCCCCUUACAGCUUGAGAACGGCCAGGCAAUGGAGUGCACCGUCGCUCAGUAUUUCAAGCAGAAGUACAAUCUGCAGCUCAAGUAUCCACAUUUACCCUGUCUGCAAGUCGGGCAGGAACAGAAGCACACUUACCUGCCGUUGGAGGUCUGUAACAUCGUAGCUGGACAACGCUGUAUCAAAAAACUGACAGACAACCAGACGUCCACUAUGAUCAAAGCGACCGCACGCUCCGCCCCUGACCGACAAGAAGAGAUCAGCAGACUGGUCAAAAGCAACAGCAUGGUCGGGGGCCCGGACCCAUACCUGAAGGAAUUUGGCAUUGUGGUGCACAAUGACAUGACCGAGGUGACCGGACGAGUGCUCCCAGCGCCCAUGCUACAGUAUGGGGGCCGGGUGAGUACAGACACAGGGAGGGACUGUGGCAGGGGACUCUCUCCGCAGAAUAAAACGGUGGCCACGCCCAAUCAGGGCGUGUGGGACAUGAGGGGCAAGCAGUUCUACGCCGGCAUCGAGAUCAAGGUCUGGGCCGUGGCCUGCUUCGCGCCGCAGAAACAGUGCAGAGAGGACCUGCUGAAGAGCUUCACCGACCAAUUGCGUAAGAUCUCAAAGGAUGCCGGGAUGCCCAUUCAGGGCCAGCCGUGUUUCUGUAAAUACGCGCAAGGAGCGGACAGUGUGGAGCCCAUGUUCAAGCACCUCAAGAUGUCCUAUGUGGGUCUGCAGCUCAUUGUUGUCAUCCUGCCGGGCAAAACGCCCGUCUACGCUGAGGUGAAGCGGGUGGGAGACACCCUCCUCGGCAUGGCCACCCAGUGUGUUCAGGUGAAGAAUGUGGUCAAGACGUCCCCACAAACUCUCUCGAACCUCUGCCUCAAGAUCAAUGCCAAGCUGGGAGGCAUCAACAACGUCCUCGUGCCGCACCAGAGGCCGUCCGUUUUCCAGCAGCCCGUCAUCUUCCUGGGUGCGGAUGUCACUCACCCUCCAGCAGGUGAUGGGAAGAAGCCGUCAAUAGCGGCGGUUGUGGGCAGCAUGGAUGGUCACCCCAGUCGUUACUGCGCUACAGUCCGAGUACAGACGUCCCGUCAAGACAUGUCCCAGGAGCAGCUCUUCAGUCAGGAGGUCAUCCAAGAUCUGACCAACAUGGUGCGGGAGCUCCUGAUCCAGUUUUACAAGUCCACGCGCUUCAAGCCCACUCGUAUCAUCUACUACCGGGGCGGUGUGUCUGAAGGCCAGAUGAAACAGGUAGCAUGGCCGGAGUUGAUUGCCAUCAGGAAAGCGUGCAUCAGUCUGGAGGAGGAUUAUCGGCCCGGCAUUACCUACAUUGUGGUGCAGAAACGCCACCACACGCGUCUUUUCUGCUCUGACAAAGCUGAGAGGGUUGGGAAGAGUGGUAACGUGCCAGCUGGCACCACAGUGGACAGCACCAUUACACAUCCGUCGGAGUUUGAUUUCUAUCUGUGCAGCCACGCUGGAAUUCAGGGUACCAGCCGUCCAUCCCACUACCACGUCUUGUGGGACGACAACUGUUUCACGGCCGAUGAGCUGCAGCUCCUCACCUACCAGCUCUGCCACACGUACGUCCGCUGCACGCGCUCCGUCUCCAUCCCGGCGCCCGCCUACUACGCCAGGCUGGUGGCUUUCCGUGCUCGAUACCAUUUGGUGGACAAAGACCAUGACAGUGCUGAGGGUAGCCAUGUGUCAGGCCAGAGUAACGGCCGUGACCCCCAAGCUUUGGCCAAGGCGGUUCAGAUCCACUACGACACCCAACACACCAUGUACUUCGCCUGAACUUGGGAGCCUAUCCGCCCGUCCACACUUGGACUUCCAAUCCCGUCUGUAUUUUUCAUUAUUAUUUUUCAAAUCGGUUCACUGUUCGUCUUCUCCUCGUCGUCUCGUCCCCUCUCAUCAUAGUCACUUUUCCAUUUCCCCUCAAAUGUGCAUCGGGGCGACAUUUUUUUGGACGGUAUUCUGUGUCCACUAGCUUUCGAAUGAAACGAGGCUCAGUCCGUCCAGUGUACACCCCAGAGGCAAGUCGCCGUCCUAACCAGCAAUUCAGCACCGCAAACCCGCAGGGGUUUCCAAUGCGCAGAGGAAAAUGACAAAAAAAAACCA